GCGCCCCCCCCGUAACGGACCGACCGAAAUACAGGCAGAGCCCGAGAUCCCCAUAGAGACAAGCUUUCUGCACUGGCUGUGUCGGCAAGGUAGAGCUUUUAUUUUAUUGAAAACGAAGACUGAUUUGCAGCCUGCUCGGCUUGGAGACAGGCGAGAGAGCAGCGGAAGAGCCCGGUCAUCGGAAUCUAGGGGGGGUGGUUAAAAUUUGCAAGCCUUUCUUUUUAUUUAUUUUUUAUUUUCUUCUCAUUUUUCUCCCCCCCGCUUGCUCGCUCUCUCUCCCUGCCGUGGCGGUUACCAUGUAGGCCGCAGAUUGGAUCGCGUUGUUGGGGAGGAGACCUUUUGAUUCCGCUGCUGGUGCUGCUUGGCCGAUAUGCCACAGUGGAACUGAAUUAUUUUCCCUUUAUACGUCUUGGUUGCCUUUUUUUUUUAAACUAACAUUUAAAGCUGGAUUGUGGAUCCUGGACGGUUCUAAAGGUCGUCUGACAAGAAAAAAAAAGACACAUCGGAUGUGAAAGUAUCAGCCUGGGCUUUCUUUCUGCUGUAGGAUGGAUGUAGAUGUCUGUGCUGGGGGAGACAGCACCAGAAGGAAGAUGGAUUCUGGGGGAGAUGGGGGGCCGGAGGUUGUACCUUUGGAGCUCUAUGAUUCAUCCCGGGCAAAAAUAGCUGCUAAUCUGCGCUGGCUGUUCGCGAAAGCCUACGGGAUAGACAAUAUCCCAGAAGACCUGCAGGACCCAUUCUACACAGACCAGUACGAGCAGGAGCACAUCAAGCCACCAGUCAUCAAGCUGCUGCUGUCCAGUGAGCUGUAUUGCCGUGUAUGCAGCCUCAUCCUUAAAGGGGAUCAGGUGGCAGCUCUGCAGGGACACCAGUCUGUUAUUCAGGCUCUGUCUCGCAAGGGCAUCUACGUCAUGGAGAGCGAUGACACCCCCGUGUCGGAGUCCGAUCUCAGCUGUGCCCCCAUCAAAAUGAGUGCACACAUGCCAAUGAUCGAUGCCCUAAUGAUGGCCUACACAGUGGAGAUGAUCAGCAUUGAAAAAGUGGUUGCCAGUGUGAAAAGAUUCUCCACUUUCAGUGCCUCUAAGGAGCUUCCUUUUGACCUGGAGGAUGCAAUGGUCUUCUGGAUAAAUAAGGUAAACCUGAAGAUGAGAGAAAUCACAGAGAAAGAGAUAAAACUGAAACAACAGCUGCUAGAAUCUCCAAGUCAUCAAAAGCCUGAUCUUAUGCAUGCCUUAGCUCAUUGCAUGCUGGAGCCAUUGGAAUACUCUCGUGUGGUGCGUUAUCGAAGGGACCACCUCACUGGCAGACAGCUGCCAUACUUUCCUUUGCUAGAAGACCUGAUGAAGGAUGUGUGUGAUGGUGCUGCGCUCUUAGCUGUUAUACACUACUACUGUCCUGAGCUGAUGAAACUUGAGGAUAUCUGUUUGAAGGAGGUGACCUCUAUUGCUGAUAGCCUAUACAAUAUACAGCUGCUGAAAGAGUUUGCUAAUGAGUACCUGAACAGAGGCUUUUAUCUCACUACAGAGGACAUGCUUUAUGCACCUUUAGUGCUAAAGCAUAAUGUCAUGGUCUUCAUUGCUGAAUUGUUCUGGUGGUUUGAGAUUGUCAAGCCUGACUUUGUACAGCCAAGGGACAUUCAAGAGGUUAAAGAUGCUAGAACAGUGCUUCACCCUAAGAGUGCCCGACCUCCUGUCCCCAUCUCCAAUGCAACCAAGCGGAGUUUUAUGGCAAGCCCUGCCAGUGUGGCCAGCCCAGCAGAUGCCCCAGCACUGGUUCAAAGCAACUCUGAAGUCUGUAACAGGUACUACCUGCACCCCGAAGAGUCUGAGACUCUUAUUAAAGGGAGUCCAGCAUUUAGCCCAUCCCAUCCUUUGCUUCCUCUGAGACAGAAACAACAAAAAUCCUUGCAAGGAGAAGAAAGUCCAGGGCAUCGUCACCGAUCCAACUCCCUCACACGAAUGGACGGACAGCCCAAGGGAGCUGUGGUAGCCUGGCCAGAGAAGAAACAGAGACCUCUGUCCCAGCCGACACCAUAUGCUCUUCAUUAUGCCACAGAUAGCGAUGUGGACAUGGCCUCAGGGGACAGUGUUAGUCUAGCCAGGUCCAUCAGCAAAGACAGCCUUGCUUCGAAUGUAGUCAACAUAACACCCAAACACCAGCCGCUUACUGCACCUCGGAAGGUCAAUGGGCAGGGAUUGCUGGGGAAUGUCAACAUAGAGGAUGAUGAGGAAGAAGAACUAGUGGCUAUUAUAAGGUCUGAAGAUGGACUGCACAAUGAGGGUCUUCCUAACCAAGGUGACCUACAGCUGCAAAGCAUUUCCUCAAGGACUGCAACAGCCAGGUCUCCGAAAAGAAAGGUGGAAGAAGUACCCCCAGAAUCCAGAUCUGAUAGCUUUUUCUUAGAACCACUGAUGCCUGCAGUAUUAAAACCUGCGAAAGAGAGAUCUAUAAACCUUAACAAAGAGGAUGAAAGUGGAGAAGGGAGGUACAGAGGGCCACCCUCCAGGAGAGGGGUUGAUGGGCAAUUGCCUUCAACAAAAAAGAAGGUUGGCAUGACCACUGGGGGCGAUCUCGAUUUAAAUCGCACCUUUACUCCAAUUUCUAGUUCAGAAUUUACCACCGCAACUGAUCCCCCACUUGCAGAAUCAACAGAGAGUGUGCAUAGUGCUUUCAGACCUUUGGUCACCAGCAGUCUCGAUCCUGCAUCUCAGGAGCAGUUGGGAGGAUUUUUCCUCCAUGCUUGUGAGUCCGAGGAUAAGCCAUCUGCUUCCGCUGGCCGUGGCAGAAGUAGUCCAUUUUAUGCAGCUCCAUCAACGUGGGAGAUCAAGCAAGAUUCAGAUUCUGAAGUGCUUGAUAUGGAUGAAGUUGAUCAAGAUUUUGAACUUAGUAAGGAGUUGCACCCUGUCAGACGGAAAUACUUUGAGGAAGAGGAAUCUGCUAAGCUCCAGGAGGAUAUGAAAGUAAAAGAGCACGAGGACAAAGAUGGAGCCAGUGGGCGCUCGAGUCCUUGCCUCAGCACCAUCUCCCAGGCCAGCAGUGUAUCCAUGGCAAGCGGCAGUGUGAGGAUGACUAGCUUUGCUGAACGUAAACUGCAAAGGAUUAACAGCCACGACACUAAAUCGAGCACAAGCAGCUCACAAAAGACUACCCCAGAUGGUUCAGAAAGCUGCCCUUUACCCCUGACCACCUGGAGACAGAAAAGAGAACAGAGCCCCACCCGGCAGAACAAAGACAAUGUCCAUGUCCUUGCCUCAGAGCUGGUGCAGCUUCACAUGCAACUGGAGGAGAAAAGGAGAGCCAUAGAAACGCAGAAAAAGAAAAUGGAAGCUUUAUCUGCAAGACAGAGGCAAAAAUUGGGUAAAGCUGCUUUUUUGCACAUUGUUAAGAAAGGGAAAAGUGAGACCCUCCCUCAGCCCCUAAAAUCGGACUACUUUUCAAAAGAGGACCAAAAGGUCAAUGGAGAAAAUUUAAUCAUUUCUACACAGGAUUCUAGAGCUAAGGAAGUGUCAUCAAAAGAUGAAUUCAGAGAGGACAUGUCCAUAGAAAAGGACACGCAGGAAGGCAGAGGGACAGUUAGAUGGGCAAGAGAAUCUCCAGCUCCUCCAGGCAGUCUGGAAAUGGACAACAAAUUAAAUACCACCAUCAUAUUGGAUGAUGGGGCAUCAGAACCUGACCUUAAUGAAUGCAAUCGUUCAAUUGAAAUGCUGAAUGAAGCCAUAAGCACCAUUCAGCAGCAAAUGAUGCAGCUUUCCUUGCAGCAGGACCUAUUAAUGAAGCAGAAUGUCCCGUCUCCAACUGCUCCUUCUGCCAAUGGGAGAAGCAACCCACCAGAACAAAAGGUUAGGCCUUCUGUCCAUUUCGUGGAGCCAUUUUCCCCGACAGGGAGCAGCACAAUCCGUAAACCACCACGUUUAAGUUCAGGGAGGCCACCGCGCUCAAAACCAACUGACCUUAAAAUAUCAAAGGAUAAGCAAACUGUCUCUCGGGUUAUCACACCCACUCAGAGUGUCGAAACACUUCCUCAUUUAAGACAGUUUCCAGGUAAUAGGACACCUAAAGGGGAGCCAGAGGAUGCGGGUUCUACAGACAGCACGCCUGCAGACUCUGGUAGCAGCACUUUGGACCGGGGCAACCUUAGACCUACUGCAACCUUCCGGCUUCAUGGUGAAGCCAACCAGCGGACAUUAAUUCUUUCUGCUUCUAGAGAUACAAACAAUGUCAUUUCUGAACAAACCUUCGAUGAGUGUUUGCCCAACAACCUGCAAGAGUUGGAACUCAACACUUCAGACAGCUCUGGCAAGGAAAAUGUUCCGUGUGAAGAGUCAUCCAAAACUAAAGCUCAUCUCAUUGAGGUGGAUCUGUCUGACCUGAAGGCUCCUUCAGAAGAAGGGAGUUCCGACAUUCAGGAUAUGACUGCAGAGGUCAUUGGGGAUGGUGAACAGAAGUCUGUCUUGGGAUUCUUCUUCAAGGAUGAACAGAAAGCUGAAGAUGAGCUUGCGAAGAAACGGGCAGCUUUCCUCCUGAAACAGCAGCGUAAGGCCGAGGAGGCUCGUCUGAGGAAGCAGCAGCUUGAGGCAGAGAUUGAAAUAAAGCGGGAUGAAGCCAGGCGAAAGGCAGAAGAAGAUCGCAUCAGGAAGGAGGAGGAGAAGGCACGCAGAGAGCUCAUUAAACAGGAGUACCUACGGCGAAAACAGCAGGAGAUGAUUGAGGAACAGGGGCUUGCCAAACCCAAGACGAAACCCAAGAAACAGAGACCAAAAUCAGUACACAGGGACGAGUCCUCAAGUGAGACGCAGUCCAAGUGCUCUUCGACUCGACAGUCUCCCAGGAAAGCAUUAUGGAUGGCCUUCCAGAGUCGAGCUGAAGUUGUAGGAGCUGAUAAUCUCAGCAGCGCUCAGUCUGGGUCCAGUCUGUCUUUAGCUUCUGCUGCCACCACUGAGGCUGAGAGUGUCAACUCUGGAGGAGCAGGCUCGCAAAGGGGGGAGUCUGUGGAAUCGUUCCCCGGGUUGAGCAGAAAUGCCAGUCGGAACACUGAAAGGGACUGGGAGAAUGCAUCAACAGCAUCUUCCAUUGCAUCUGUGGCUGAAUACACAGGUCCAAAAUUGUUCAAGGAACCCAGUGCAAAGUCAAACAAGCCUAUAAUCCACAAUGCUAUUUCGCACUGUUGUUUAGCAGGAAAGGUAAACGAGCCUCAGAAGAAUUCCAUUUUGGAGGAGCUUGAGAAAUGCGAGUCCAACCAUUUGAUGAUUUUGUUCCGUGACGGCGGCUGCCAGUUUAGAGCACUUUAUUCCUACUUUCCCGACACUGAAGAGAUCCACAAGCUGACUGGCACAGGGCCCAAGAGCAUCACCAAGAAGAUGAUCGACAAACUCUACAAGUAUAGCUCAGAUCGCAAGCAGUUCAAUGUCAUCCCAGCUAAGACCGUGUCUGUCAGCGUGGACGCUCUCACCAUCCACAACCACCUCUGGCAAGCCAAGAGACCAACAGUGCCAAAGAAAACGGGGAAAUGAGGAGAUCGCUCCAAAACCUUGCUUUCAUCCUGGCUGGACUGCAUUGACAUCCACCACGUAUAUUUUCCAGUAGAUACAUCGAAGACUCCUAGCAUUUUCAGGUGUGACUUGCAAAACGGGACACAGUCUGGGAUUUGGAAGAAGAAGGAGUAUAUUAUUUUUUUGAUAUUUGAAAGUGUGAAUGGAGAGACAUCUGCUGGAUCUUAAUGCCAUCCGUUCAGGGUUGUUAGCGUUUUGUUUUUUUAAAAAGUCUCUGCAUGUGGCGAUUUUUUUCUAACAGGUGGAAUUCUUAUUACUUGAAGUUUUUUUUUGUUUGGCACUAAUUGUGGAGUUCUUCUUUCGCUGAUUCACUCUGUGACGAGACGAUAGGGGAAAAAACAUUACUCAAGGGACAUUUUCUCUCUAUAUCUUUGUCCGCUUCUUGUUCUAAGACAUUUGUUAUGAAGCUCCGGACUCUUCUUCCUUGGCGGGAGUACAGCACUGUACUUGUUCUUUCGCUGUAGUCUGACAUCACAUAAUGCAAAUGAUCAAAUAUGUACUGCCAACUUGUCUCCCAACUUCUCUCAAAACAUGCUGCUCAAAAAAAAACUAUUUUAAAGAGGAAACAAAUGCAGGAGGUCCAUCAUAGGCUUUCACUGAUUGUGGUACUGUUGUCUAUUUAUUUUUGACUUUUAAUUAUAAUAAAAGUCUGGUAAUCAUAAGGUAAACUCCAGGACUCAUGACAAAGAUUCAUGAUUUGAAGAGUUUUAAGGAAUAAAAAUAGAAGGUACGAAAGGGAUAAGUGAGACCUUGGUGCAAGUGUCAAAUUCUCUUUUUUUAAGAAGUGUGUGGUAUAAAGGUUUAAAACAGGUGUUGUGUGUUCCAAAACAAUUGUUAGAGGUAGAGGUGUUUCUACACAGGGCACAAUAUUCCUGUAUGGAGGUGCACUCAUGAUCACGUUUUUAAUGGUUUUAUCAUGCAUUGUAAUCAUAACCAAUGUUAGCUAUUAUUUUUAUUGUUUUUUAUUCAAAGUGAGCAGCAUGCUCUGUUAUGAAGAGUACAUAUGCUGCUAACGUCUUGGGUGACAGUAUUUAAUCUAUUCAUAAUGGCUUACUCUUUUGGAUUGUCGUCUAAUUAUUUACAGUUAUUAAAGAAGACACUCAUGGAACACUUGAGAAUACCAAUCUUGAAACUUUUUUCUUUUUUUUGAUAUAUUACCAAUAGAAAACAGUUUCAUGUUUGCCUCAAGAUCAAAUAAUGAGAAGUUUGCACAUAACCUUGCUUGCUGAUCAAAGUAGAGUUCACUGCUGAGACCCUGUCAGAAUGUGUAAAAUGUGGGUUGCAAAACGCCAUUCAUGAUCGUAUGUAUAAGCUCCAGCCGUUACUUAAAAGCGAGAUGUACAUGUAACCAAAAAAAGCAGAUAGGUUAACACUAACCAGAGCAAGCUAAAGGUCUUCCAUUGCCCUUUUUCUCAUGUUUCCAAAUCAUUCUUUAAAGAAGGCUUUAGAAUACUUGUUAAUAUAAUUUGCUGCAUUUUGUAUAUAUGUUUUGAAUAGCUGUCAUGUAAAUAACUUUUGGUUUGUUUACUAAAAACUGGGAUUAGAAUGUUUUUUUCUGUUACAAAUACCAUGCUUUUCAUGCUUGUGCUUUUUUCCCUGUUUGUUUGAUAUUAUGCCAUAUAUUUAUUUUAAAGAGAAGCACUGAAAUUUAAUAAAUAUUACCAGUAAAUGAAAUGAUUUGUGUCCAUUUUCCGUCCCAUUUUAACUGCUUUGCAAUUUCACAGUUUCAUUUGCAACAUGCCUUUUGAUUUUGUCCUUUACCUUAUUUUUCCCCUUUUGUCAAACUUAAGCAAUUAGACAUACCCCUCACCCCACAAAAUGAGCUCUGUUUGUAUAUUUAACACAUCCUUGCAAUUUUAACAUCUGAGCAUAGCAGGGUGUGCGUUCUGAAAGCUAAGACUUGCUGUAAGUCUUGAGUGGGGAACUGCUUCAAUAUUUGAACUGCAGAGGGACAAGUAGAGGUUAAUACUACACUGAAAAAAGAAAAGUUUCAAAUAUGGAGUGUUUUUCCUAUUUCCUUUUACUUUAAAGGGAAAAAUUAACUUUGAACUGUUUGUAAGCCUGGUAAUAUUGUCAAUACAAUUUUGGACCUUCUAAAGAGCAUUUAUACACCAGUUUUAAUCUAAUCUAUUUUAAGAAUUGGUCUCUACUUGAUAAAUAUGAGUAUUUAGGAUAUAACAUCUAAAGAAACGACCACAAAAACCUGUUACGUGUUUGGGAGGUAGGGA